GGCCACAGAAUUGUUACUCAGGGACAGACAGAAUUGUUACUGAGUGCCAGAGAAUUGUUACUUAGGGCCACAGAAACGUUAUUAGGGCCACAGAAUUGUUACUCAGGGACAGACAGAAUUGUUACUGAGGGCCACAGAAUUGUUACUCGGGACACACAGAAUUGUUACUCAGGGACAGACACAGAAUUGUUACUGAGGGCCACAGAA